CGCGCCAACUGAAUUUAGGGCCGUUAUCUUCUCCUUCCUCUCUCUCUCUCUCUCUUCUCCAUCUCUCUCUCCUAAUUUUCUGGACAAACUCUUUUUUCCAGAGGUUCUGCGGGAAAUUUCUUGGAGGAGGAGGAGGAGGGAGAGAGGGAGAAGAAACAUCUCCGAUCCUUUUGUAAUUUGGUUGAAUGUGAAUCUCUCCCACCCCGUUUCCAGCCUUAAUCAUGAUUCCGAGUUUAUCUGGAGAAGUUUUUUCGUUUGAGGAAUUCGACAUUGAUUUCGAAUUUGACGCACCUCGUUUCUACGAUUUCUCCAGACCAGAGCUCGAUUCCGAGACAGAGGAGAUCGAGUUCUGGUUCGAAUCCGCUGGAAACUAUCCUCCUUCGCCUUUUAGCCCAAAGUGCAAUUGGAAACUCGAGCCGCUUAAGCAAAUCACAAACAUCAUCUCCGAAACUAAGCCUGUUGAGAUUUCAAAACCGGUUAUAGAAUCCGGUCUGAAUCGAAAAGAUCAAUACAACGGGUUCAUUUAUUAUAACCAAACUGUUAAAGAUGUCUCAAAGACCAAACCCAAAUCAAAAACGAAAUCAUGCUGUAGCUCAACUUUAACAAGACCUACGGCUUCUUUACUUGCAAGGCAGAACAAACCAUUAGACGUUUACUCUGUUCAACUUCUGACUAGAUGUCAGAGAUCAUUAGCAAAGUUUGGUGGUAACUUAUCUCCGAUCUUAGACUCUAAGUUGCAAAACAAAGACACCAAAAGGCCAAAACUGGAAGCUAAGGUGUCUCGAGUUAACUCCAACAGAAGAUCGAAACUCACUGUUCCAAAGGAACCGAAUCUCAGAACUGCAGAAAGAUCUGAAAGACACAGGUCUAAGCUUAACUCAGAAACUGAGCAGAAUGCAAAACCAAGGAUUAGUUCAUCUAAAAGAAACACUACGAACAAAAAUAUUAAAGUUGAACCUUGUUCAACACCUUUGCCAAAAAGUAAUACUCCACGGUCUCAAGAUCUUCUUCAGGAAUUUGGCUUAAGAACAUUACUGAGAGCAAAGGAACGCUCUUCAAAUGCGAAAAUUGAUGCCAUACAAGAGAACAUUGCUACUAACUCCAGAACGCUAAAACCCACUAAAUCCCCAAAGGGUAGGUUAGUCAAAGGAAAUCACAGCAGUGAAAAACUGGGUGAACCAUCUAGCAUCAAAUAUGGAACACCAAGCUCUUACAGGACAGAUAUUAACAGGAGCAUGGAUUUAUGCCGGAAAUUCGAUUCACAGGAAGUGUCAGGGAGCCUAAUCAUUGCUUAAUCUUCACAUUGAAGAUGUUAUGAUCAUGUUUAAUACAAACGCCUUCCUAUGUCUAUAUAUAUAUAUAGAAACGUGUAUACUUGUUUAGAUAUAUGCAUAGCCAUAGAGAAAGUGAUUUCAUUGAUUUUUUGUUGUGGGGUCAUACAUAUGUAAGCUAGUAAAUCAGAAGACUAAAGACUUUACAGUACUCGUGAGCAAUAUUCUUGGGAGAAAACAAACAUUAACUUCACAUAUCCUUUUCCAUAUAACCUUUGUUCUUGUCUUUAAUGCUUCCCACACCAAACAUACCUUCUUUUUCCUUACCCAAAAUACCCCUUGUACUAGUCUAAAUUAUUAACUAAAAAACCAUCCUUUGCUUCUAAUCA